AAGAGCAAGACGUGCCUUAUAAUUUUUAAUUCUAAUUAAUUUAUUUAACUUUCUAAAAUGAAGAAGUACUCGAUCGUCGGCAACAAGAAGAAAGUGACGAUGGAGAACAAUCCGACAAGUCUGAAAGUGAUCGGAAACAAUUGUAUAGUUAGAGUGACUGGCAAUCAAGGUGAAAUCGAAGUGAUUGGCAAUGAUUGUAAAAUAGAUGUGACAGAUAACUUCGGAACUAUCAACUUGGUUGGAAGUGGUGGUAUUGUGACCGUACACAGAAGAUGGACAGGCGAUAACGUGUCCAUGGUUGGACCGAAUUGCCACUUAAUGGUUGAUGGGAAAGACAAAUCAUCUGCGCCGCACGAAGCUCAAUUAUCGCCGUUCAGCAAGGAUCUGGAUGACGUCAUCGAGUCCAUAUUCUCCUUCGUGAUGCGCUGAACUACAGAAGGGAUAGCUUAAGGUUUUUCAAGAGUUUAAAAGAAGGAAAUAUCAGUUUUUCCGUGUUUCCGUGGCGUCGAGUAAGGAUAUUGUGGGUUUUCUGUGCUUCGUUAGAGUGUCGGAAGGAUAUUCUAGUGAAGAGGUUUUUCUGUGAUUACUUAAUAAAAUAUUUUUCUGUUAAA